UCAAGAUUCGCGCGCGGAUUUCCAUCAGAUUUUGAGAAGGCGAAGGGCACCGGCGCCGAAAUGCGCCCGCCGCCGCCGCCGCGAUGACCACGCUCCUGCGCCGCCUCCUCUUGGGCGCCACCCCGGCCGACGCGUUGCUCACCGGCCGCCUCCCCUUCUCCACCUCCUCCCGCCGCACGCCGCACCGCUUCCGCCGCAGCCGCCGCUCCCCGAACCCUGCGCCGCCCUCCCCUGAAGCCGUCUCCGCGGCCAUCGCCACCCUCCCGUCCCGUCUCACCCCGCCUCUCCUCUCCUACUCCCUCUCCUCCGUCUCCGACGCCCGCCUACUCCUUCCGGUCCUCACCCACUCCCUUCGUCUCGCCACCUUCCGCCCUGACCCGGGCCCCUUCCUCGUCGCGAUCAAGCGCCUCGCCGCCGCCGAUCUCUACGCCGAUUUCGACCGCACCUGCGCCCUCGCCUUCUCCCUCCUCCCCUCUCUCCCGUCCCCCGGGCCCUUCCUCCGCACCGCGCUCUACUUCUACUGCCAGUUCCGCAAGAUCGGCAAGGCGUUCCACGUCUACACCCUCAUGCGCGCCUCCGCCGACCCCGCCGCGCGCCCCUCCGCCGACACCUACCACGCGCUCUUCACCGCGCUCUUGUCCCGCGGCGGCGGCGACACCAUGGUGCACUACAUGUACAUGGACACCGUCUCCGCUCUGUUCCGGCAGAUGCUGGAGGAGGGUGUCCCGCCGGACACGCGCGCGCUCAACGUGCUCGUCAAGGGCUACGCGCAGUCGCUGCACCUCAACGACGCGCUGCGCGUGUUCCACCAGAUGCGGCCCGUCUACGGUUGCGAACCGGACGCCCUCACGUACAGCUACCUGGUGCACGGGCUGAGCGAGCAGGGCCGGACGAGGAACGCCCGUGAGGUGUUCGAUGAAAUGCUGGCCAAGGGGCUGGCCCCUACGGAGCCGGCGUGCAACACGUUCGUCAGUGCGCUGGCCAUGGCAGGGGAGGCUGGGGAGGCGGAGCGUGUGAUGUGGGACAUGGCUCGGGCGGGAAGGGUGGUCGACGACGUCACGAGGAGGGCGGUGGUGGAGGAGCUGUGGAGAUCGGGGAGGAGGGACGACGCCGAAAGGGUGGUGAGGGAGAUGGAGGAGCGAGGCAUCGUGGGUGGCGCUGAGCGGAGAGCCUUGCUACGUUCGCUGCACGAUGAGUUCGGUGACGACGAUUUGGAUGUUGAUGAUAGAUGGCGGAACACAAGGUGAUUGUCUGACAGAUGGAGAGUUGAGAAGCACUCAUAAUCCAUCCGGCCAUCCAUGUCCCAAAAACAUGGCAAUCAACAUUGAACACUACUAAAUGCCAUGAGAUGUAACAGAAAAUUUUGUGAUAAAGUAUCAGUAAAAUUCAUUUGCAAUGAUAUAAGGGUUAACUGCAA